AUGCUGUCGAAUGCUUUCUGGAAAUCAAUGAAUAGUACGCCAACAACAAGCGUCAACAAGUGUUGUAAAGACAAUACGUAUAAGUUGAAAUUUUAUUUAUUUUUCUCUUUUUUUUCCAGAUUUAGAACAGUUAAAGAAGGGGAAAAAGGAAGAUUUCCAAGGAAUGACAAUCGAGGAACUUACUUUCAAGAUCAAAGCCAUGAAACAACAGGCUGUAUUGUUUCAUGGCUUUCCAAAAAUCCGCCCCCGCAUCCUAACAAACCUGGAUUUACGAAACCACUGGUGGUUAUAGAGCAUUUGAAGACCCUGGCCGAGUCGGAGAGGGGAGAGGAUCUAUCGUUACGUAGAUUCUCUCCCCUUGACUACUCGGUCAAACUGUCUGGAUUUUUUAAAUGUCCAUUCAAAGAAUGCAAUUUUAAAACGGAUGUGGGAAGAGAAAUGGUCACUCACCAACAGGAAGUAAGCCACCCUGGAUGGAAUCGGCCUGACUUCAAUGAGACAGAUGAUUAUAAGCCUUAGCAGCGCGGUCUGAGAGCAUGCCAGACGGCUUUCAAAAAUUGGGACAAGUGUUAUAAACACAUGCAGUCCCACAGCAAGCCUCUGGCAUGUCCUGUUUGCAAAAGUUAUAGGACAGACCGCAUGCCAAGGCUUAAAAAACAUCUGAAAGAAGUCCAUGGGAGCGAAAAUAUUACCAGUGGCCACUUCUCCAGGAAGAGUGGUACCAAGUUC